CCAGAGACUAUGGCCACGUCAGGCCGUGCAGCGUAUGAGGACGGCGGAAGGUUCAACUGCGUGGCGUGGGCCUCCACGAGUGGAGCUCUGUGGUGGCCGGUGUACCUUUGCAACCCGAUGACAAUGGCAGACGAUUUACACGUAUUAGGCCACAGCCACAAAGACUAUCGAACCGAGCGAUACCCCGGCAUCCCAGUCGUGUACUACCUUGGCACAUACGAAUUUGAGCACGGCAAGGCGGAAGUGAAGGAAUGGUUCUGCCCCGAGUUCGAACACUUGGCCCAAGAACCCUCCGUGCCCGACGACGUAUUGGUGGAUUGGUGUCGAGCACUUGCAGAAGCGCAGGCCAUUCGGUCGACUGGCGUGGUACCGUACAUGCUGCCAUCGGACUUGGACAAUCGGCUUCCACCUGUGCCUCGACUUUGCAAUGCGUCGGAAGGGUCGGUCGUUUGGCUCUUUACGCAUGGACACCCAUGGAGACCCUGCUUUAUUCUAAAUCCAUUCAGUCUAGUCGCGAAACAAGGAAACUCAAGCCACCUGGUUCGGCUCGUGAACAAUGCUCAGAAGGACCCAAGCAGAUACUACCUGGUCUACACUUUUGGCGUGCAUGCGAUCCAACUGUUUAACCGAAGCAAAUCCAAGGCUGGCAUCAAGCUGUGGAACUGCCCAGAGCAUCAAGGCUUUCUCCGAGGCAUUCCUCGGCCUUCAGCGCAGGGCCAGGUGAUUCUGCAUCGGGGUGUGGAUCAUGCCACGGCAUUUUUAAAAUCAGGCUCGAACCUGGACGGUCUCGUCCUUCCUGGCUUUAACGUGGAUAAAAAUCCAAGAACCCAUCGCCCGUUGAUUAUCUACCAACCCCCAAAGCCCAAACACCCCGAACCAACCACGCACAGUUAUCCGCUGCGCUCCAAGCAAAGCCAAGAACCGACUGUUGGAGUCACCGUCGUCGCGCCCCCGACGCCACAACCAACGCCAGCCAAGUGGGCGACACGGGAGCGGUAUCCCUUUGGCAUGGCUUGGGCUCGGAUAACUAACAUGAUGUGGUCGCCCAUUCAUUUGUGCCAGAAGACCGAUUGGACGACACACAAAGCAGGCCACCAAAAGUUGGCCGAGUACAAGAUCCGCGUCCACAUUUAUUGCUUUGCAACACACACAUUUCGCACGUGGUCGGGUCAAUUCCAUCCGUGGCUGGGCGCGACCGACCAUAUCAAGCAAUUGCGUGCGGUGGGGAUGGGACAAGUAUUUAACGAAGCUCGGGACUUUAUUGCCAAGUACGACAAGCUGGAGCGAGUGCUGAUCCUGCAAAAUGCCAUCGAAUCGUUGGGGCCGAGUUAGAUCAAGUCGUGUUGGUCCUGUUCUACAAGCAGGACAAGCAGUCUUGAUGUCAUACACGAGGACUUUUAAUUUUGAAUAGUAGGAUAUUCCAUAGCAUAAGAAGCAAUGGACCCCGUUGGAUGCUUCCACGCCUUGUUGUCGUCAGAUUUCGCCCAAAGUGCCUCUAUCGACAAGAAAGAACUCAACACGAUAUUGAUGUGGUCGUGCAAAGGUCAUGUA